AAGCAGCGAGGCAUCAAUAAGCAACUACUGCGCACUGCUUGAAUAAAAACGUUCCAAUAAAAAGGGGCCCCAACAGCAUGCAGCAACACACCUGAAAAAGAAGAACAAAACAAAAAAUCUCUUAUAUCUUUUUCACCACCAGGAUACCCGCACCGUUUGUCUUUGAGACUUAUUGUUAAUCAUUCAACAUGGGCGGAAAUGACCGACACGGCAAGAAGAAGAAGAUCGCCAUCAUUAGCGUGUCGGCGUUGAUUCUGGUGGCCAUGGUGGUUGCUGUGGCUGUUGGGGUCACCAAAAGCCAUAAAGGCGGAAAUGACGAGAAGAAACCAGCCACAACCUCUAAGGCAAUCGAAACCGUCUGCCAACCAACAGAUUACAAGGAAACCUGCCAGAAUGCCCUAUCUGAAAAAGCCGGCAACGUCACCGACCCAAAAGAGCUUGUAAAGAUAGGUUUCCAGAUCGCCAUAGAGAAACUCCAAGAGGUGAUCAAUAACUCUGACACCUUAAAAGAGAUUGCCAAGGAUAAUCUGGGAAACCAGGCACUUCAAAACUGCAGGGAGCUCAUUGAGUACUCCAUUGACGAUCUAAAGAGGUCAGCUGACAAGAUCGGCCCGUUCGAAGUGACCAAGCUCAAAGAGUACGUUGAAGACCUUAAGGUGUGGCUUAGUGCCUCCCUACAAUACGAACAGACUUGCUUGGAUGGGUUCGACAAUACCCCUGGUGAAGCCGGGGCUAAAAUGAAGAACUUUUUAAAGACAUCACAAGAACUCACCAAGAAUGCACUCGCUAUGGCCACUGAAAUCGGCAACCUCUUCAGAACCAGCAGCCUUAAAAGCCAACGUCGUCUCUUGGCAGAUACUCCUAUGGACCCAAAGAAGGCGCCUAAGAUCAUACCUUCAUGGAUUGAAGGACGCAAGCUCGACAUCGCCACUGCCAAUCCCAUCUCCCUUAAGCCUGACGUUAUAGUCGCCAAGGACGGAAGCGGAAAAUACAAGACUGUCAAUGAGGCGCUCAAGGAUAUCCCUAAGGAUAACGUUCUAAAGACGUUUGUGAUCUACAUCAAGGAGGGUGUGUACAGUGAGCAGGUGGUUCUGGACAAGCACAUGACCAAUGUCAUGUUCAUCGGUGAUGGCCCUACCAAGACCAAGAUCACCGGUAACAAGAACUAUGCCGAUGGUGUCCAAACGUUCAAAACCGCAACUGUCGCUGUGAUCGGAGAUUACUUCAUUGCUAAGGACAUAGGAUUUGAGAACACUGCUGGAGCCAGAGGACACCAAGCCGUGGCACUGCGUGUUCAAUCCGACCUGUCCAUCUUCUACAACUGCCAGAUAGACGGUUACCAAGAUACUCUCUACACCCAGACCCACAGGCAAUUCUACCGCGACUGCAUUAUCUCUGGAACAAUCGACUUCAUCUUUGGUGACGCAGCAGCUGUGUUUCAGAACUGUAAGAUGAUCGUCAGGAAACCUGGCCCAAAUCAGAGUUGCAUGGUCACUGCCCAAGGAAGGCUUGAUAAGCGCGAGCCUACCGGUAUUGUCCUCCAAAAUUGCACCAUCAGCGGUGAAAAAGGCUUUGACGCGGCCACCACAAUGGCCUACUUGGGUAGGCCAUGGAAAAUGUACUCCAGAACCAUCGUGAUGCAGUCCCAGAUCGAUAACGUCAUUAACCCCUUAGGUUGGAUGGAGUGGACUGGUACCACCAACCAUGAAACAAGCUGGUUCGGAGAGUUCUCUAACAGGGGACUUGGUGCGGCUACCAACCAGAGGGUGAAGUGGUACAAGUUGGCCACCCCUGAAGAAGCCGGUGCAUUCGCACCUGGCAGUAUUCUUUUGGGUGAUAAGUGGAUCAUGCCCAGUGGUGUGCCAUAUGUGGCCGGAAUGAUGCGGGUAUAA